CUCGAUCCGUUUGCAACCUGGCUUUGGCGAUUUUGCGGUUUUACCCGUUUGGGUUCGUCUCUUCUGAAUCAACGGGCACGGAACUCGUUUUGGCGGAUUCUGGUGUACGAAGUACAAAAUACCUCUUUUGUGUGCCAAACCCUCACGUAUUACUCUCCGAUUGCCGUCGUCGUUUCUCGCCAUUUCGUUCAAAUUAGUAGCAGAAAAACACUGGCUUUUCACGACGGAUUGGUCACAUAAAAGUUACAGUAGAUGCUUAUCCCAGGAACAAGCUUCAAGUUCUGAACUCUAAGUUGCAGACAGACCAUGGCUACUACGAGAGAUAUACAAGAAAUAGUGUCUAAGCUUUCAUCAGAUAAAGCCAAAGUUCGAGAAGAAAGCAUAAAACUGUUAAAUAGCUGGUUGGAAGGAGAACGGUCGUUUGGAUUCUGCAAACUUCUCGUCCAGAAUACUCUGAAACUUAAACCAAACGAGAUUCCGCACUCGGAAACAUGGCCAUUUAUCAUAAAAUUGCUUAUCCAAUGUGUAACCUUGGAAAUAUCCACAAGCAAAAAGCGCCCCCCCAAGUUGCUUUUCGCAAAAACUCUUCGAAUUGGUAUCCAACGAGCAGAAGGUGCUAAAUACUCUGGCAAGAUGCUACUUCUGUUGUCUGUUGUCAAGCAACUUUUCAAUCACAUAUGGGAUGUCUUAAGGGAUGUCCCUAGCUUUCAGUCCGAAUAUGGGAUUAUUCUGCGGCAUCUUUUAGCAGUAAGAGAAUAUCGUUUUCACAUGAGGAAGCGGGUUUACUGCAAUCUAGUGCUUCUGUAUGUGGGCAAGGUGGAAACAAGCUUGAAUAGUGUUCAGUCUUAUCCAAAAGAGGAAGUAUUCCGCUACAUCCUGACACUCCAUUCCCUUUUGGAAAACCCUCCUGGAGAUUUCACUGAUGAUCUCAGGGAAGACAUUGUUAAAGGGUUCGUUGGAAUUUUCUCACAUGUAAGAGAUGAGGGGAAGAUUUCACGGAAACUUAUUGAGUGCAUUAAUACAUAUUUGUCAAAGGAUGGUCCAAAUCUAGGGCACCACUCCAUGAGGAUCCACCUUGCUGUAGAGGAGUUUUUGUUUCGUUUUUGGAUCACAACUCAUGAUCGGAGUUUGAAGGAUGCAUUUAUUAUGUAUGCUAGAUUACAGAUAAAGCUAAUAAGGAGUGCUGCUGAUGGGAGGCAUUUGAUUGAACAACUUUUAGAUGUUGUCUGUAAGGAACUUGACCAGAACAACAUUGCCAACAUUUCUUUGCCCCGGAGUGAUGCAGCUAGAGUUGAUAAGCUUGGAGCGUUGACAUCCUCACAAUGCGGUUUGAUGGAGCUUGCAGCAUCUGUUUUUUUCUGGGCAUGCUUUAAAGUGACUAAAGCAUCAUCUUCAGAAAAACGUUCUAGGAGGGAGAAUGCUGCUACCUGUAUAAAGGAGGGGCUCAUGAAAGGGAAAUGGCUAUGGAAUAGUGCCUUUUGUUUUCUCAUUCGGAAUUAUCAUUCUCGUAUUUCUAAGGAUCUUGUUAUCUACUGGUUUGAGGGCAUCUGUGAAAGCUUUCAUAGGAUAUUGAAUGAUGGAAAUAAGGAUCAUUCAUAUAAUGGUUUGCUCUGGGUAUUGAGGAGCCUGCAGGAACUGUCUUCUGUGUUGCUUCCUGUUUCAAGGGUGGAGCUUUGGCAAUGCUCAUUUCGUAUUUAUACUGAGCUUGGUAGCAGUUGGCAUAAAAUAUGGAGCUGUUUAAUGCAUGGACUGCCUAUAUUCAGUAAUGUGACUUCAGUUGUUGAUGCUGCCUUGAUACUUCUUGGGAAUAUUAUUUUGAAUGCAAAUGACCUGAUAAGUACGUUUCAUGUACCUCAAGAUGUGUGGGACCUCCGGUUAUUUAAGCAUGUGCCAUCAGUGUCUGCUCUAUACUUCAUUGCAUGCUAUUUUUCAAGAAAAGGUUCUCAGGGUGACAUUCGGGAUGCUUUACAUCUUAGACGAAAUCUACUAAGAGCAGUUUUGAGUAUAUUAAACGGGAAGGAAUCUUAUGAUUUGAAUGAGUGUCUGGUCAAGCUGUUACCUGCAGCUGCCUUUGCUCUUUGUGUGGGUUGUGCUCCCAUUCUUUGUACCAAUGAUGGUUCAUGCUCUUAUUUGGAUGUAUCUGAAGCUGCAGAGGAAUGGUUAAAGAUAGAGGAGCAUGAGCAAGAACCUAUGAAGCAGUUUGAAUGUUCUGUGGAAUUCUUAGCUGAAAUUAACCUGGGUACUUGUGCUCAGGUUUCUGAAUCCCAAUUCCAUCAUGGUGUACGCCUUCCAAGACAGAUAAAGGAACCACUUGUCCAUGAAUUGGAUGACUGCUUCCUUGUUGAUAUAAUGGAUAAGAGGAUGGAAAAGAUGCUUCUAUCAGAUCUCUUCUUUUUUUGCACCCUCUUAUCUAAUUGCAUUUACUGUUCAAUUAUCACGAGGUUGGGAGAGGAAAAAUCAUCCUUGCUCCACAAAAUGGCUGAUUAUUUGCUGUCAUUGCUUGAUUGUGCUAUUUCUGUUAUCCAGGAAAAGUACAAUGAUAUUCAGUUUCAUGGUUUCUUAGGCUCUGGCCCUAAUCUUGAUGGGACUGGCUGUAUUCUGGCUUCACUUCGAAGCUUUAUUUCCUCUCCUCUUUUCAGCAUUUGGAAAGAUCAAAAUUUUCUUGAUGAUGUGCUGCUCAAAUCUAUUACACUAGCCAUUGAGAGGCUUUUAAGGGCUUUGGCUAAACAAUUUGAGGAAUAUUCUGCGUUUGCAAGAAAAUUUCAGUCCGAGGUGCUCUUGCCAGAAUCUUCAUCUUCUAUCAAUUGCCAAGUGUCAUUGGAUGACAGCAAAACUAGGAUUGUUGAUAUGGAGCUGGAUGUGAAUGAAGAUCCCAAAGAUAAGGAUAUUUUAGCUGUUAGCCCGAACGAUUCUUCUGGCAUAUCUUCUUUUUCUUUUUCUUUUUCUAUGAAGUGGAAGUUGGGCAUGGUUUCAGGAAUUUCAAAUUUUUUCUCUAUUUUACCUGUUGUUACAUGGACAGUCAUGUUUGGUCUAAUGGAAAAUGAAAGUGAUCCAAAGAUCUGUGAAAUUAUUCUUCUGAGUCUCUGUGAACAUUUUUCGUCAUCCUCUUUUGCAUAUCUGUCAGACUUGGUUGCUUCAAUGAAUAAUAUGAUUGAGAUGAGAGUGGCACUUAAACUCAGUUGUUUUAACAUUUUAUCUGCUGCUCAAUGUUUGCUGGGAAGGUUAGUUUCUUUGGGCUCUGGUGGAGAGGAUAAACGUGUCUAUCAAUCUGUUCCAGGAAAGGCAUCUGAACAGAGCUUGAUAUUUCUCGGCGAUUUGGUAGAAAAAGUUGCUAACUUUGAUCAUCUUGAUUGGUUUGGACGUGUUAAGUUGAUAGACUGCAUAUGCAAUUUUAUCAUACUUCAUCCUGAUGCUGGCCAGGCAAUGAUUGAGAGGCUUCUUACAAUGCUUCAAGAUAAUGAUUAUCGGGUUAGGAUUUUCUUAGCUAGACAGAUUUAUGUUCUUUUCCAGAUGUGGGAUGGCCAUGAUGAGCUCUUCCAUGAUAUUUGUUCAAAUUUUGGUGUGAGAUUGGUAUUGUUCUCAAAAGAAAAACUUGUCACAGCUCAAGAAGUCUUAGCUGCUGGUGCACAGCCUCCUUUAAGAGUGGAAACUGUUGUCAUUACUCUAGCGCAUCUUGCAUUUUACAGUGAGAAGAUAGAGUUGGAGGCUGUUUUCAUGAUGUGUGUAAUUGCUGCCAUGGAUCCUUGUCAGAGGGAAUUGGUUUAUACAGUUCUUGAUAAUCUGUCUAGAAAGCUGCAUUACACAGCUAGAUCAAAGUACCUGGAGGAAAUUAUGGGAUCGAUUCUUUUUUAUUGGGUUGCUUGCAACGUUAGUUUAAUUGGACUGGUUGAGGUACGAGAUCUUUUUGUUUCUAUCGAGGAACCUAAUUUCUUCAUGCAAUAUUGUUGCCCUUGGGUUCUUCCAGCUCUACUUCUUAGUGGGGACAACACAAAUCUGAAGCUUGUUUCUUCGAUUGCUCAUCAACCAUUGGCAGCUCUUGCAAACGACCAUUUUGUGCCAAUUUUUGCAGUAUGUAUGGCAAUGCACGGUAGUAGAAAGUCCGGGAAUGAAAUGGGAUUAGUGGUGCUUCAAAGUUCAAUUUUGCAUAUUGCUGAGAUUUCUGAGCAAGAAAGAGACAACCUUAUUAAAAAACAUAUGGUUUCAAUUGUCAGCUUGCUCUUCUCACUUGCCUCUUCAGCUUCAGAUCCUGCAGUCCCAUUCUUUUCCAAGGAAACAAUUGUAUUUGCUAUUCAGGCAGUAGUUGAUGGAUUUUUGGAGAUGGACUAUUGUCCAAGAAAUGUUUGUGUUGUUGACAAAAUCAAUGUCUUUCGUCCUGAUAGAGUUUUUGUGUUUAUUGUAGAAAUGCAUUACAAAAUUGAGGCUGCAGUUCAUCAUAGACAUCGGUGUGAUCGCCUGUCUGGAGUUGAUGUGCUUGUCCAUGUUAUUGGACAUAGAGCUGCAGUUCCAAGCACUUCCCUGUAUCUUUUCAAUCUAAUUGGGAAAUAUAUUGGGUUUCAAGCUUUACAAAAUCAAUGUUGCCUUAUUUUAUCAACAUUACUUAAAGCAUUUAAAUGUAACCCCAACCAUGAUGUCAUUGGUGUACUAGGUGAACAACUCCAGUUUUUAGUAUCAAAGUUGGUUUCCUGUUGUAUUCCUGUUCAAAAUACUGAACCAAUUGGCAGUCAAUCUUCUCAAGUUGUAUCUUUACUUCACCAGCUAAUUCUGGAAUCUGAUCCAUCUCUACAUGAUUACAUCAGAGAAUUGGAACCCUUCCCUCAAAUUGAUUGCUUUGACCGGAUAUGGAAGUUUCAUCAGGAUCUCUGCAAAGCCUACUCUCCUAAGGAUCACUUUUUGAAGUUUGUAAGGAGAGCUUCUUACCUUUCGCCAAGAUUGCUUUUGUGGAGUCUUCAAACAUUACACAGAAGAUUAGUCUUGGGGGAGGUUAUUCAGGCUGAAAAUGAUGCUGCAGAAAUUCACAAGCAGAUUAAUUAUUGGCAUACUGAACCUGAAGUUAUAUCUGCUGUCUGGAGGCUAGUCUCCCUAUGUGGUCCAAUUGACGGAAAAGAUGUUAGAGCAUUGGUGUCUGACUUCAUUUCUAGGGUUGGUCUUGGGGAUCCACAUUUUGUUGUUUUUCGCUUGCCAGGAGAUUCUAGCCAAGUUCCUCUGUUCCAGGCAAUUAAUGACGGCAGUUCUGUGAAUGUUGGCUUUUAUACCAACAGUUGCAUUUCAGAUGAAAUUCUUCUUAGCCUUAUAAGGAUGUUAAUGAAAUAUCUAUCAGAUGAUUCAGUUAAGAUAAUUGAUGAGACAUCACGAACUCUUCAGGGAAUACUUUCAACUGAAAGGGGUCAGAGAAUUUUACUAUCUUUUGAUUCUUAUGAUAGGUCUCUUAUUGCGGUUCACUCAAAGAGUGUUAACAUGGAAUUGGUUGAAAAGCUUCUAUUAAGCUCAGAAAGAAAAUAUACUGCUGAAGCAAUUUCAUUGGAAGACUCUUCAAUUUGGAAUACACAUGGAAAAACCUAUGAGAUGUGGAUUUGCCCCCUCGUUUACUCACUUAUUGGUUAUAGCAAUGACAUGAUUUUAAGRCUUUGUCAAGAUAUAGUGCUUUUAAAGGCUGAAGUUGCUGAGCUUCUAUUUCCGAACAUCUUUGCCAAUCUAGCAGGCCGGAAGGAUUUAAACAUUGAUCUUUGCAAAUUAAUCUCUCCAAAGGUUCAAGAGAAUAUCUUUACAGAUUUGAAUGAUAUGACCAAAUCAAUACAGAUUAUGUUAAAUGUGCUAAAUGAGCUUCGUCUAUGCCAUGUAAUGGAAAGAGAAGCCUUGUCUCCAACACCGCUAAACCGAGAAAGUUCAAAGCAUAGUAGACCAUCCAGUUACGGCUCAAGAUCUCGUGCCACGGCUGAAAAAGCUAAGGAUCAAUCUAUUGCAACAAGUGCAAUGGGAAUAUCAACAUUAUUGUGGGAGAAGGUGUAUUGGCUUUCCAUUGAUUAUCUUGUGGUUGCUGAGUCCGCAAUUCGUUGUGGUUCAUACUUCACUUCUGUAUUGUAUGUUGAGCAUUGGUGUGAAGAGCAUUUCAACAGCCUCAUACUGGGAAACCCCGAUUUCUCCCAUCUAGAAAUGCUACCAGCUCAUAUUGAAAUACUAAUUUCAGCAGUAACACAAAUAAAUGAGCCUGACAGUUUAUAUGGGAUCAUCCAGUCACAUAAGUUGACAUCUCAAAUUGUGACCUACGAACAUGAAGGAAACUGGAGCAAAGCUCUUGAAUACUAUGACUUACAAAUAAGAUCAUCACCAGGGAUGCAAAUGACUGGUGUUUCAAACAAUUUUUCACUGAAACAUUCUCAAGCUACCCAUCUGCUACCUUUUACCAAUACCAUAGACGAGGUGAGGCAGAGGAAACCUUACAAAGGCUUGAUGAGAUCUUUGCAGCUAAUUGGAUGCACUCAUGUGCUAGACCUGUAUUGCCAAGGACUGACAUCCCAGAAAGGACAGUUUCAGCGUGAUUCAGAAUUUACAGAGUUACAGUAUGAAGCUGCCUGGCGGUCUGGGAACUGGGACUUCUCUUUACUUGACACUGAAGCUAAUUCUCCACCUUCCAAGAAACAUAACAAAAAUAGUCAUUUUAAUGAAAAUUUGCACAGUUGCUUGCGGGCAUUGCAAGAAGGAGAUUAUGAAGAAUUUCAUCUGAAGCUAACUGAAUCAAAGCAGGAUCUCAUUUUAUCGAUCUACCAUGCAAGCAAAGAGAGUACUGAAUUCAUUCACUCAUCAAUAGUUAGACUACAGAUUUUAGACCAUCUUGGCAUGGCUUGGGAUCUGCGUUGGGACGCAUCUCCAGAUGAAAACAUAAAGUCCUAUCAGGGGAAGAAAAGGAUUUCCUUGGAACCAAUCAUCCCUACUGUUGCCCAGUUGGAAUGGUUGAAUACAAAUUGGAGGUGCAUUUUGAAACAAACCCAGCUACAUAUGAAUUUGUUGGAACCAUUUAUUGCAUUCAGGCGAGUACUGCUUCAAAUUUUAGGUUGUAAAGAUUGUGCCCUAGAACACCUUUUGCAAUCUGCAUCAGUUCUUCGUAAGGGAAGUAGGUUUUCCCAAGCUGAUGCAGCUUUGUAUGAGUUUAUGUUUAUCAGUGGUGGAACAGAAAAACUGCAGACAGCUUCGUACAUAUGUGGCCUUGGAAGGCUUGAAGAAGCUAAGAUUUUGCAUGCCCAAGGUCAACAUGAGAUGGCUAUCAAUCUUGCAAAGUAUAUCUUGCAUAACUAUCAAUUGGAUGGGGAGGCUUCAAAUGUCUAUCGCUUGGUUGGGAAGUGGUUAGCAGAAAAUUGCUCUAGCAACUCAAGAACUAUUUUGGAGCAAUACCUGAAUCGUGCAGUGGAACUCGCAGAGCGUAACAAAAGCACUGACAAGAAGUUUGUAGCAAGACUGUGCCAAACACAUUUCCAUCUUGCACACUACACCGAUGCUUUAUUUAGGAGUUAUGAAGAAAGGCUCAACUCCAAUGAAUGGCAAGCAGCAAUGCGUCUGAGGAAACACAAGACAAAAGAGUUGGAUGCACUCAUUAGACGACUGAAAAGUUCAACAAAGGGAGAGAAGACCGACUAUUCAGUAAAAAUACAGGAAUUACAAAAGCAACUUAGCAUGGACAAGGAAGAGGCUGAAAGAUUGCAGGAUGACAGGGACAAUUUCCUCAGCUUAGCAUUGGAGGGAUAUAAGCGUUGUUUGGUCACAGGAGACAAGUAUGAUGUUCGAGUGGUGUUUCGAUUGAUUUCCUUGUGGUUUGGUCUCUCCUCGAGACAAAAUGUUAUAAACAGCAUGCUUAGUGCAGUAAAAGAGGUUCAGUCAUACAAGUUCAUACCACUGGUGUAUCAAAUUGCUUCAAGAAUGGGUGGCUCAAAGGAUGGACAAGGACCACAUAGUUUCCAGUUUGCCUUGGUCUCUCUUGUGAAGAAAAUGGCAAUUGACCACCCUUACCAUACAAUAUUUCAGCUUCUGGCUUUAGCAAAUGGAGACCGUGUCAAGGACAAACAACGUAGCAGAAACUCAUUUGUAGUUGAUAUGGAUAAGAAACUGGCAGCAGAAAAUCUUAUGAAUGAAUUAUCUUCACAUCAUGGAACUAUAGUAAAACAGAUGAAACAAAUGGUGGAGGUUUACAUCAAACUUGCGGAGCUAGAAACAAAAAGAGAGGAUACAAACAAAAAGAUACAGCUACCAAGAGACAUUCGUAGUCUUCGCCAGCUUGAUCUUGUACCUGUUGUGACAGCUACUGUUCCAGUGGACCGUAGUUGUCAGUAUCAAAAAGGAUCUUUCCCACAUUUCAUGGGUUUAGCAGAUUCAAUCAUGGUAAUGAAUGGUAUAAAUGCUCCAAAAGUGCUUGAGUGCAUAGGUUCAGAUGGUCGGAAAUAUCGUCAACUUGCAAAAUCUGGAAAUGAUGACCUAAGACAGGAUGCUGUGAUGGAACAAUUCUUUGGUUUGGUAAACACUUUUUUGCAGAAUCAUCGUGAUACAUGGAGAAGAAAACUAGGGAUACGAACAUAUAAGGUUGUUCCCUUUACGCCAAGUGCUGGUGUACUUGAAUGGGUUGAUGGCACAAUUCCACUUGGUGAAUAUCUUUUAGGAAGCUUGAGAAAUGGAGGAGCCCAUGGACGUUAUGGAGUAGGAGACUGGUCAUUUAUGCGCUGCCGAGAAUACAUGGCAAAUGCAAAAGAUAAGCAUGAGGCCUUUCGGAAAGUUUGUGAAAACUUCAGACCUGUCAUGCAUUACUUUUUCUUGGAGCGAUUCUUACAACCUGCUGAUUGGUUUGAGAAAAGGCUCACUUACACACGUAGUGUGGCAGCUAGUUCAAUGGUAGGCUAUAUUGUUGGUCUGGGAGAUCGUCAUUCCAUGAAUAUCCUCAUUGAUCAAGCCACUGCAGAAGUAGUUCACAUCGAUCUUGGUGUUGCCUUUGAGCAGGGCCUGAUGCUGAAAACACCUGAACGGGUUCCUUUUAGGCUCACAAGAGAUAUUAUAGAUGGCAUGGGAAUCACUGGAGUGGAGGGUGUUUUCAGAAGAUGCUGUGAGGAAACUCUAUCCGUUAUGAGGACAAAUAAGGAAGCACUUCUGACCAUUGUCGAAGUUUUCAUCCAUGACCCUCUCUACAAAUGGGCUCUAUCCCCUCUGAAGGCUUUGCAGCGUCAAAAGGAAACAGAUGAUGAUAUCGAAUCAAGUUUGGAAGAUUCACAAGAUGUAUAUGAGGGGAACAAGGAUGCAGCACGUGCAUUGUUGCGUGUCAAACAAAAGCUAGAUGGAUACGAAGAAGGUGAAAUGAGAAGCGUGCAUGGCCAGGUCCAACAACUUAUACAAGAUGCAAUUGAUCCGGAGCGUUUGUGUCAAAUGUUCCCUGGAUGGGGAGCUUGGUUGUGAAAAGAAAUGUUUACUCGUUCUUAGCAGCUGUGGCACCUGAACACACUGUACAGGCGUAUUUUUCUCUUUUGAGGUUUUCAUUUUUCCUUUUCUUUUGUUUCAUGAGUUGAGAUUGUGUAUUGGGUGUCAUUUAUGUAUUCAAUUGUAAAUUCUUGCACAGUUGUACCAUUUUUAUGUGUCUAGCAUCUAUAUGAUACGAAGUAAUGUCUUUUUUUUGGUAGAAAGAUACUAAAUAAUGUCAAUGCCCUAUUUCUGUAAUCAUGUUUGAGGAAAAAUAAAAUUGAGAGAGAGAGAGAGGGCUGUUCAAGUUUUCAUGCCAAAUUUAUCU